UGCAGUCCAGCACUCUUGGCCUCCCCACCUCUGCCAGCCUCCUGGGCUCUCUGCCCAGCACCACCAGCAUCAUGCUCCGGCAAGCCCUUCUCCUCUCCACCUGCUUCGCUCUGGUUAUGACUUACCCUGCACUGCUUCAGGAAUUCAUCGCUGACUUAGAGCCAGCCAUUGACAUAGAGUACACUGGCCUUGAGUCAGCCAGUGGCUUAGAGUUAAACACUGACCUGGAACUGACCACUGGCCUAGAGUCAACCACUGGCCCCACUUACCUGGAGUCAACCACUGUCCCCACUGACCUGGAAUCAACAACUGUCCUAGAGUCAACCACGGGUCUAGAGUCAACAACUGGCUUAGAGUCGACAACUGGCCUAGAGUCGACAGCUGGCCCCACUGACCUGGAGCUGACAGUUGGCCUAGAGUUAACCACUGGCCCCACUGACUUGGAGUUAACCACUGGCCCAGAGUCAGCCACUGGCCACACUAACCUGGAGUCAAUCACAGACCUUGAGUCAACCUCUGGUCUAGAGUUGACUACUGGCCCCACUGACCUGGCGUCGACCACUGGCCUAGAGUCAGCCACUGGCUGCACUAACCUGGAGUCAAUCACAGACCUAGAGUCAACCUCUGGCCUAGAGUUGACUGCUGGCCCCAAUGACCUGGAGUCGACCACUGGCCUACAGUCAACCACUGGCCUGCAGUCAACUGUUAGCCCCACUGACCUGGAGUCGACCACUCACCUACAGUCAACCAUUGGCUUAGAGUCUACCGCUGGCCUAUCAGAAUUGACUACUCACCAUGACUUCACUGAAGAUGCAGAAACAACCACUGAAUUGUAUUUGGAGAACACACAGACUUUUGAAGGUGUCACUGCUGGUUGGUUAUUCUGAAGAGCCUGUGACAGAAGCAUGAGAUGACCCAGUAUCUCCACAGGAAAGAACAAGUCCAAUGCAGUUUUUUUUGUUUAGAAAAUGAAGCAGAUUCUCAUACCUGUGACUGUUGCUCUAUUAACCACAAUUUUCCAAGAAGGUUCUGAGCCUUUGAACAAGACUUCCAUUCCAUCAUAGGAGCUUGGAUAAUUCUAAAAGACUAGUGAGACACGGAAUGUACCCACUUGAGGAUAAACAGAGUGGCAGAGAUUGACAAUACACAAACAGAAGAAAGGCAUCUCUCAAACAUGUCGCAUUUAAAACAGGCUCAAUAAAUAUUUAUUUGCACUGAC